AAAUUCAAAGAGUGGACUUUAGAAAGGAAUCUAUAAACAUUGUUGAGUCCCAAGCGAUUGAAGAGACAAAUUAUGUAAAGGAAAAUUUAAAGAAUGACUACAAAGUAGAUAAAACAAUCGGCAAAC